UCAUGUUUUAUUUGUGACUUUUCCCUCAUUUUCUUUCUUUCUUUCUGAUAUAAAACUCUUGCCUAGAUUAAUCUAGUCCUGUGUCAUGCUAGUUACAUAGUGCAGAGUUAUAUAUAGUAAUAAUAUAUGGCGGCUGUAUGUUCUCACGAAGUAACACAGGAAGAGAAAAUUUUGCAAGCAGAAAGCCUUAAAUCAAGGUUCUACAAGUCUAGUGAUGAAUACUUGCCAUGUUUUCAAGGUGGUAUGUCUCUGAAACCACGCGCUGGAAGUGAUCUAAACAAUGAGAGAACGUCAGUAGGUCAGGAAAAGGACAAUCAUUCACCAUUAUUAAAACAAGUAUAUGGGUAAAUGGGAGUCAGUAGGUCAGGAAAAGGACAAACCACCACUCAUUUCUUCAACGAGGAUAGGAACAAAUGGGAGCCUUUUUAAAACUGGAAUAGAUAGUUCAUUAGUGAGUAUUUUAAGCUAGAAUACUAUACAAGUACUGACUGCCUUGUAUGUUUGACAUAAGACUCUCAUUUGUUCCUCUCAUACUUCCCCUUCUAAUGGAGAAACUACUUGAGAUAGUUCUAGUUGUUUCGACCAUACUUUUUGGCUUAGCUCUAGUUUACUUAUAUGAAAUCCUAUGGCUGAGGCUGGAGAAGAUAAGGAAAAAGUUGAGGAGGCAAGGCAUAAACGGUCCUAAACCUACUUUGCUCUAUGGCAACACCCAGGAGAUGAAAAGAAUCCGACAAGAACUCAAGUGUGUGCAGAGGAAAGACAGAGACAUGAACGGCUACAUAUCCACCAUCUUCCCUCAUUUCCUUCUCUGGAGGAAGACAUAUGGGUCCGUGUUCCUUUACUCAACAGGAGUUUUGGAGGUAUUGCAUGUCGCUCAGCCAGAAAUGGUGAAAGACAUGGGCCACUCGACUCCAUCAGAGCUAGGGAAGCCACGGCAUCUAAUGAAAUCACGAAAACCUCUCUUCGGAUUAGGUAUACUGACAGCAAAUGGCGACCUUUGGGCCUAUGAGAAGAAGAUCCUGGCACCACAGUUCUUUGUAGAAAAAAUUAAGGGUAUGAUAGGGCUAAUUGUGGAUGCAACCGUUCCACUGUUACAAUCAUGGGAGAAUAUGCUUGAUAGCACAGGAGGUAGCAAGGAGAUCUACGUUGAUGGAUACUUGAGGAACUUUUCAGCGGAUGUGAUUGCUAGAGCUUGUUUUGGGAGCAAUUUUGUAGAAGGAAAAGACAUAUUUUGCAAGCUCAGGCAGCUCCAGAAGUUAAUUUCUGAACAGGAUACAUUUGUCGGGCUGUCUGCACUGUGGAAAUACUUGCCUACCAAGAGAAACUGGGAGAUACAAAAGCUAGAUCAAGAAGUUCGGUUACUGAUCUUGGAUCUCUCAAGGGAACACAGGAGCAGAAGCCGCAGCAAUGCUGACACACACAUGUCCACAUAUGACAACCUUCUGCAUGCCAUUGUCGAUGGUGCAAACCAGAGCCCCAGCUAUUUUAGUGCCCCUGAAGAUUUCAUUGUCGACAACUGCAAGAACAUCUACUUUGCUGGGCAUGAAACUGCAGCAGUCACUGCUACUUGGGGCCUGAUGCUUCUUGCUGCACACCCAGACUGGCAGGACCGUGCUCGGGCUGAGGUUCUAGAAGUGUGCUGUGGACAGACAGUUAUGGACACUGACAUCCUUCGUCAGCUGAAAACACUUACAAUGGUGAUACAAGAGACUCUCCGGCUGUACCCUCCGGCGUCACUGAUCAUGCGUGAAGCCCUGAAAGACAUCAGGCUUGGUGGAGUUGACGUCCCUCGUGGCACCAUUAUCCAAGUAGCCAUUUCAAUGCUGCACCUUGACAUGGAAGCCUGGGGUCCAGAUGCUAACGAGUUUCGUCCAGAUCGGUUCGCGAAUGGAGCUGCUGCAGCAUGCAAGCCAGCCCACAUGUACGUGCCAUUUGGAUACGGACCAAGACUGUGCACUGGGCAAAACCUGGCAAUGGCAGAGCUGAAGGUUCUUCUUGCACGCCUGCUGACCAAGUUCUCGUUCUCAUUGUCUCCUGGGUACCAACACUCUCCGGUGUUUCGUUUGACCAUCGAGCCAGAGUUUGGCAUGCCCCUUGUGGUGACAAGGCUACCAUGAUCUCUGUUUCCGAACAAGUUGCUUCCUCUACGUGUGCUUCAGUGGAAGCGACCACAAGUCCACAAACCUACAACACCCUACCACCAUCACCAAACACCGAAUUCGAUAUGUCUGGUUGUGCCUGGUGCUACCACUUUAUUUGAAGUUCCUGAUGUUUCUACUAUGUUAGUUUGUUCUUGUGACGAACUCAAUCACAUAUUUUCCUACACUACAAUUUUCUGGGCUCAGGAGAGCAGACUGUAUUUGAUACUUUCUAUUUCUCAACUGUGCACCACUUAUAGGCAUGUUGAAAACUUGUGCUAUAAACUUAGUUAACUGCCGGCUUCAGAUUUUGGAGUUCAGCCAUCCUUCUUUGAUUUCAUGCCAUGACAAUGUGGCCCUAGAAGACUCAUUUUUCCUCCA